UUUCCGAGCAGAACGCUUGGUGGCAACACGAAAGCUCUCAUCGUCCAACCAACAUUUGAGAAUCUUCACCAAUCACCCGUUUCUAAGAUCCACAUCGAAUCUUAAAAAAAUAUUGGCAUUCCAUCUAUUAGCUAGAUAUAGGGACGCUACAGUAAUUCACUAUGCCUCAAUCAACGUCGAACGAUGACACGAAGGCUCAGAAGCCUAAUGGAGAUUCCGCGAGUGCUUCUCGCCCAAAUUCGACGCAGGCAAGCAUCGCUGAGAUUCUCCGAGACUUAAGAGUGGGCGAGCAUCAGGCCGAUGCUAUUGAAGCAAAACUUGACCAGAUAGAGCGUCAUCUCGAGGAAAUGAUGGCAGGUUUAGAAGGUAACGGGAAGCUCGAGGAGCCUGGUCCGAAAGAGCAUGAACCCGAGACCAAGAAAUGACAUGUUAUAUUUCUCCGCGUUUAUUGAGCCACGCUAUGUUCACUGGGCAGGGGUUUUGCCCUGGCGCUUGCUUGGGAUCGAGAUAGACAAACUAUCAUGAGUUGAAAGAGCACCCAAACUUCGUAACCCCCAACUCCCCCGACAGCUGAAUUUGCCACCACCUCCUCAUAUACACACACUCACUUAUAUUGGUCUCCGCAUACAUCCCGUGCAUAUACAUAUCAUGUACAUAUUCCAAGAGAUUUGGAGGAGCUGUUAUGGGAGCUACCCCACAGCGACAAUGGUGUUACAGAUCCGAUAGAACGACACUGGUUGGGGCAUCUGCUGAGCCAGGAAACGUACCUAGAUCCUCGAUCUUACAAUGACAUGACAAGCGCGAUGUGACCGUCCCAGAGACGUGCUAUUUAUGAGCUCACUAG